AUGAGUCACAGUUUCACUUCAGGUUUCUCUCCGACAGACUGACAUUACACGCAGUAAGGAGUCAAACAAACUAUCCUGAGACGGAUCUUGUCCGAGUCAAACUUAUUGCUAUCUGUGGAUCGAACUUUGGAUUACUGGAACUACAACAGAUGCUCGACCAGAACAGAAACCAGAUCUCAGCAGCAGACCGGACCCUGAAGAUCCCAGAGGUCCGGUACCAUCCGAGCAUCCAGCCCACGAGCCCCAGAACCACAACCAGAACCAGCCAGGACCAGAGGAGCAGACCUGCUGCUGCAACCCCCCUCAAGGCUAUGCAGGACCAGAACAGAAACCAGGUCCCAGCAGCAGACCGGACCCUGAAGAUCCCCGAGGUCCGGUACCACCCGAGCAUCAGCACCACGACCCCCAGAACCACAACCAGAAUCAGCCAGACCCUGAGGCCCAGACCUGCUGCUGAACCCCCCCUUCAAGCAGGACCCAGAACCCCCCAGACUGGACCCAGAACCCCCCAGACUGGAUCCAGGACCCCCCAGACUGGAUCCAGGACUCCCCAGACUGGAUCCAGGACCCCCCAGACUGGACCCAGAACCCCCCAGACUGGAUCCAGGACCCCCCAGACUGAAUCCAGGAACCCCCAGACUGAAUCCAGGAACCCCCAGACUGAAUCCAGGAACCCCCAGGUGAACCCUGCUGUGAGACCUGGACCUGAUGCGGGGAAACAGAGUGCUGAGAGCCCGGUUCGUGGAGACGCCCCCAGCCCGGAGCAGGUGCCACUGGGUCUGGGGGUCCGGGUGGACCAGCAGGAGGUGGAGGAGGUGGAGGUUCUGACCCGCGGGCAGAGCACCAACCCCGCCUGGUUUGCCUGGAGGAAGAACCGGAUCACAGCCUCCAUUGCUCACAGCAUCGCUCACUGCGGAUUCGUCAACGGAAAGAGCCAAACCCCGCCCACUUCCUACCUGGCUGCUGUCACAGGUGAGGCGCGGAGCGUCCGGACCAGAGCCAUGUCCUGGGGGGUGCAGAUGGAGGCCGAGGCCGUCCACAGCUACCAGGCUGUGAAGACGGCGGCGUUGGGACGGAGCGUCUCGGUGCUCGCCUGCGGGCUCUUCCUGGACGCUCAGAGGCCCUGGUUGGGUGCGAGUCCAGAUGGCAUCGUGACGGACAGCCGGACCGGCCAAUGGCUGCUCUGCCUGGAGGUGAAGUGUCCCUACAAACACAAGGACAGACGGGUGGAGGACGCCUGCAGGGACGACCCCAACUUCUGCCUGAAGAUACAGGACGAGGACGGACGGAGGCCCGGAGAGGUCCCGGUGUACGUUCUGAAGUCGUCCCACAGCUACUUCACUCAGGUCCAGUUCCAGAUGGCGGUGACGGGCCUCCAUCAGGCCGACUUCGUUGUCUUCACCCUUAAAGAGACGGCCGUGGUCCCGGUGACCUUUGACCCCGAGCUGUGGGAGGAGACGUUGUCCAAACUCGAGACAUUUUACCGAGACGCUGUCCUGCCUCGCCUAAGUGACGGGGGGGGGGCGUCCUGGAGCCCUGAGCUGUAGAGACACUUUAAAGAGGGACCUCACGGAGGGAGCCUCAACUGAGCACCUAAGGGCACGGUGUUGCCGCUGCGAGGCUCAACUAGCACCUCUUGAAACAGAGGGCUCAGCAUAUAACUUUGCGUGGGGCCUCAAGUUGGCCAGGGACAGCCCUGUGUGUAACCAUUAGCCAAUCAGCAACCAAGGUAACCCCCCCCCCCCCCUCCUUAUCACCUGAAUCUCCUCCUAGAGCUCCAUUGAGUUCUUUGUAACCAGAUGUCUCUCAGAGGGGCGUGGGGAGGGGCUCCUUAUUUUCAUCUAAAGUCACAGACAGAGAAUCAGCACUUUGGAAACAGGGCUGAAACAGAGGGGAUUAUGGGUAAUGCUGCAAUGAUCUGUUUGGUGUUUCAGCCAAUCAGAGACAGGCUCUGGAUAUAUCUGAGACCUGUGAUAUACUGAUGAUAUUGAUAGGGGACCUUUAAAGAGUCCCUGCUCUUCUUCUGUGGUGUUCUCCAACCCUAGCCCCCAGGAAGUGCUCCAGAUACCUGAUGCUCACCGUACUUUAAUGGAUUUCAUCUGUAUUCCGGUUAUUGUCCCAUGAAGGGACUCUUUACUGGGAUUUAUGAGCAGAAUAUAUUUACAUGUAUCAAAAGCAUUGAAGACCUUGGAGACAUGUUACAGUGGAGGGACAUCAACCUGAUCAGCUUCCUCUUCAGUCAUUAGGCGCUUGGGGGGGGGGGGGGGGGGGGCCCGGGGCCUAGUCCCUACUAGUUUGCGUAAACCUUUUCACCCCCCAGAUCCCCCCUGCUAGAGAGGUAGUACUUUCCUGAGGAGGAAAUGGUUCGUGGGUGUGUCGGCCACACUAACAAUUUCUGAUUGGCUGGGCGAAUUGCAAACCACGCCCCUAAAACUCAGAACGUUUUGUGAACCCAAAGCAGAAGAGGAAGUGACGUCAGCAGCUUCAUUGGCCUAAUCCUCCCUCAGGGACUUAUUCCGGUGAGAACGCCAUCUGCUAGGACAGUUCCAGGGACUACAGAGUUAGGCUAUGUGCCUAAAUGAGGCCAAGCGUAAACCGUAGUUUGGUCGUAUCAGAAAUCGUUCGGUGCCUUAAGGGAAAAUACCAAUAUCUUGUGGUUACAUUUGGAGUAUUUAUAUACAUGUAUAGAGCAGGGUUUCCGCUAGGAUUUUUUCUCGCCGGUCAAAUGUCCGGGCAGACUUUAUUUUACCGGAUAAAUUUGAAACUUACCGGUCAUAUUUCAAUAAUAAUAAUAAGAGUUGUGUAGCAGAGUUUCCGUUAGCAGGUAAUUACCGGACUAUGAGCAGAUAUGCUUCAGUUUAAAACUCAGUUCACGGGCUCAUGUUUAUAUUGCUUCAGUCUAUAAUCGUAACAGAUCGAAAAAAUUCAGAUUCAUUUUUCAAUAAAU